GCUUCCCCUUCCUCUUUUCCCAAAUAGAGAUGUAAACACGUGUAUUUUCCUGUUUUAAAUUUAGCGAAUUGGUCCUCUGCCUGUGCCUUGAUUUAGCUACUGGGCUGAGCCUUGCAGCUCCUUUCCCUGCUCGGAUAGGAGCCACUGGGAUCUGGAGCUCCAACUUCCAAAUUGAAGCUGGCCUCAGGCCAGGUGACCUUCUCUUUGCAUCGCCAGUGGGAUCCGCCAGCACAUCCAGCAGCACCAUGUGGGUGACCAAACUUCUGCCAGUCUUACUGCUGCAGCACGUCCUCCUCCACCUCCUGUUUCCCAUUGCCAUCCCCUAUGCAGAAGGACAGAAGAAAAGAAGAAACACACUUCAUGAAUUCAAAAAGUCAGCAAAGACUACUCUAAUAAAAGAAGACCCAUUACUGAAGAUAAAAACAAAAAAAAUGAACACUGCAGACCAAUGUGCCAAUAGAUGUAUUAGGAAUAAAGGACUUCCAUUCACUUGCAAGGCCUUUGUUUUUGACAAAGCAAGAAAGCGAUGCCUCUGGUUCCCUUUCAAUAGCAUGUCAAGUGGAGUGAAAAAGGAGUUUGGCCAUGAAUUUGACCUCUAUGAAAACAAAGACUACAUUAGAAACUGCAUCAUCGGUAAAGGAGGUAGCUAUAAGGGAACAGUAUCUAUCACUAAAAGUGGCAUCAAAUGCCAGCCCUGGAAUUCCAUGAUACCACACGAACACAGCUUUUUGCCUUCGAGCUAUCGGGGUAAAGACCUACAGGAAAACUACUGUCGAAAUCCUCGAGGGGAAGAAGGGGGACCUUGGUGUUUCACAAGCAAUCCAGAGGUACGCUACGAAGUCUGUGACAUUCCUCAGUGUUCAGAAGUUGAAUGCAUGACCUGCAAUGGGGAAAGUUAUCGAGGUCCCAUGGAUCAUACAGAAUCAGGCAAGAUUUGUCAGCGCUGGGAUCAUCAGACGCCACAUCGGCAUAAAUUCUUGCCAGAAAGAUAUCCCGACAAGGGCUUUGAUGAUAAUUAUUGCCGCAAUCCUGAUGGCAAGCCGAGGCCAUGGUGCUAUACUCUUGACCUUGACACCCCCUGGGAGUACUGUGCAAUUAAAAUGUGCGCUCACAGUACUAUGAAUGACACGGAUGUCCCUAUGGAAACAACUGAAUGCAUUCAAGGUCAAGGAGAAGGUUACCGGGGCAUCAUCAAUACCAUUUGGAAUGGAAUUCCCUGUCAGCGUUGGGAUUCCCAGUAUCCUCACCAGCAUGACAUAACUCCUGAAAAUUUCAAGUGCAAGGACCUAAGAGAAAACUAUUGCCGAAAUCCAGAUGGGGCUGAGUCACCGUGGUGUUUUACCACUGAUCCAAACAUCCGAGUUGGCUACUGCUCCCAAAUUCCAAAAUGUGAUGUGUCAAGUGGACAAGAUUGUUAUCGUGGGAAUGGCAAAAACUAUAUGGGCAAUUUAUCCAAAACACGAUCUGGACUAACAUGUUCGAUGUGGGACAAGAACAUGGAAGAUUUACAUCGGCAUAUCUUCUGGGAACCAGAUGCUAGUAAGCUGAAUAAGAAUUACUGCCGCAAUCCUGAUGAUGAUGCCCAUGGUCCCUGGUGUUACACGGGGAAUCCUCUCAUUCCUUGGGAUUACUGCCCUAUUUCUCGUUGUGAAGGUGAUACCACACCUACAAUAGUCAAUUUAGACCAUCCUGUAAUAUCUUGCGCCAAAACAAAACAGUUGCGAGUUGUAAAUGGGAUUCCAACACGAACAAAUGUAGGAUGGAUGGUUAGUUUGAAAUACAGAAAUAAACAUAUCUGUGGAGGAUCAUUGAUAAAGGAAAGUUGGAUUCUUACUGCAAGGCAGUGUUUCCCUUCUCGAAACAAAGACUUGAAAGAUUAUGAAGCUUGGCUUGGAAUUCAUGAUGUCCAUGGAAGAGGAGAUGAGAAACGCAAACAGGUUCUAAAUGUUACCCAACUGGUAUAUGGGCCGGAAGGAUCAGAUCUGGUAUUACUGAAGCUUGCUAGGCCUGCUGUUCUGGAUGAUUUUGUUAGUACAAUUGAUUUACCUAAUUAUGGGUGCACAAUUCCUGAAAAAACCACUUGCAGUGUUUAUGGCUGGGGCUACACUGGAUUGAUCAACUCGGACGGUCUAUUACGAGUAGCACAUCUCUAUAUUAUGGGGAAUGAGAAAUGCAGCCAAUAUCAUCAAGGGAAGGUGACUCUGAAUGAGUCAGAAAUAUGUGCUGGGGCUGAAAAUAUUGUAUCAGGACCAUGCGAGGGAGAUUAUGGUGGCCCACUGGUUUGUGAACAACAUAAAAUGAGAAUGGUUCUUGGUGUCAUCGUUCCUGGUCGUGGAUGUGCCAUUCCAAAUCGUCCUGGUAUUUUUGUCCGAGUGGCAUAUUAUGCAAAAUGGAUACACAAAAUUAUAUUAACGUAUAAGGUACCACAGUCGUAGCUGAUGUAACUGUGUCUGAAGCUUCCAAUAAUACAACUCUCCUUUACAUGAAGAUUUCAGAGAACAUGGAAUUAAAAUGUAACUUAAAAAAUCCCAAGACAACUACUUGAGUGUCAUGUUUGUUAAGAUACUCACUAAUAUUUAUGGGUGUUUUCUGUUGUUUCGUUUGUCAGUGUUAUUUUGUAAAUGUUGAAGUGAAUUAAGGUACAUGCAAGUGUAGUAACAUAUCUCCUGAAGAUACUUGAAUGGAUUAAAAAAUGCAAAGGUAUAACUGCUGGAUGCUAAAGAUAUAAUGGAAAAGAUCAACUAAUCUCUCUCGGCUGCUUUCCAAGGUUAGUUUCUCAAUAAUAAAUAAGCCAUAAGUUAAACAUUAUUUCAACCUCACAAAAACAAUUUAUAUCUUGUGUCCUUAAAUUGUAACUCUAUAUUAAAUUAUAUUACCUUUAAUAUGCCAUACAUUAUAUUUCAUUCAUUUCUCCUCACCAUGUAUCCUGUAAUACUGGUACAUAUACUCCUUUAUAAACACAUAUACCUAUACACAAAUGCCUGGGUACACAUGUGCAUGCACUACAGUUCAAAUUGUAGUGUAUCUAAUAUAGCCCCUAAAUGUUCUGAAAUUGUGUACUUAUAGUUUUUCCUUAAUAAAAAUAUAAAAAAUUCUAAAGACCAGUAGAAAUAUUAAAGAAAGGUGCAAGAUAGAAGUGACUAGAUCAUCCUCCAUCCAUAAUCUGCAGAUGACCUCUACUGGUUGGCACGUGAGGUGUGGUCAUGACCUACGAAAUUAAAUAACACCUAACCUAGGUUCUUACAUAUAUUUAUUAUCCAAGUUAUUUUAUGUAGUUUCUAAUUCUUAAAGAGAAGAGGCUAAUAUGUGUAGUAGUAUUAUUUCUUUCCUUCAAAUUUAGGGACAAUUAUUUAUGCAAGAUGUUUUUAGAUCUUUUUUCCUAAAGUAUUUAAAAAAUUCUGAGAUGACUAAUUGAAGUUUAAAAGUGUUUUGGUCUUUAAAAUGUAUGUAAAUAUGUUAACUCUAAGACUUGCUGCUGUGAUUGGCUUCUAUCUCACCUUCUUUAAAUUAAAAACAAUAUUUAAGAGGAAAAUUUCCAUGUCUCCAAAAUUUGUAAACAGCUUUUCAUCAAAUUAUGCAUUAAAAUAUAUAUUGAAGAAAGAAGUCAGAACACUUUUCUCUACCUGGAAGUCUUUUAGCCUAAUAAAACUUUAGUCAAGUAAAGGAAAAAAAAUGUAAAAGGAAAGGAAAGGAACUAGCUUGUCUAAACUCUGUAUUCAGUUAUUUUUUAAAGUACAGUUAAAUCUGCUGAAUGAGAUAUUUUAUCAAAAAUAUCUUCAUUUUAUCUUUAUUUUACAUAGAUCUUUCCUAAUGCAUGGGAAAUAUUCAGAUUUUGUAUUCUGUAUGAUAACAACCAAAUCAUACUUAUUGUUGUAUUAGUCAUGAUUAGCUAAAGAUCAUGUAUUUGCCAAGAAAUGAAAUAACAAAGAGUAAUAGGAUAGGUCUGAAUUUUCACAAAAUAUUCCUGUAUAAAAGUUCUCUAAAAAUAAUUAUUUGAAUAUUUUGAAUCUAGUAUUUCCAUUUCUCUAAUUUGUUUCUUUUGGAUGGUCUCAAUUAAGGCCAGGGAUUCAAAUGAUGCUCUAAAUUCUCCCUAAGACAAUGUUCAAUCUUGAGUAAAACGGUUUUAACUUUACUCAAGAGCUUAGUCCACAGAGUAUAGGGCAGCAAAUCCAGAAAUGUUUUUCCAAAUUGUGCCAUUUUAUUUAUUUAUUCUCUGUCAUAAGAUACGUGCUGGUAUCAAGAAACAGUGAAAGCAAAGAGAGAUCCAACAAGUUGCUAGUCCAUACCAGCUUACCUGAUUGUAUUUCUCUCUCCCUUGUGUACUAUACCAUUAUAAUCAACAUACAGAAAUUUCAAAGGCAUAUUGUCUAAAUAUUAAAGUAUUUUUCAGUUUCU